AUGGCGGCCUUGCCUGGAAGGGAGACCCAGCCAGGCCUCGGAGGCCCCCGGGAGAAGGAGGCGGAGGCCGGGGCGGAGCUUGAGGCGAGAGGUUGGGCCUCGCUUCCUCCUCCUCCUCCUCCUCCGGCGACGGGGAUGGCCGGUAAGCGCGCUACGCCAGGCCGCAGCUGCACUGUGAGACUCACUGCACAACAUGGUCACUGUGUAGACUCACAAUGCGCUGCAUUACAGGCUAAAAGUUCAACUCCCAAGACACCUUCAUUAUCUGUCAGUGCAAGAAAAAUUAAAGAUAAUGCAGCAGAUUGGCACAAUCUAAUAAUGAAGUGGGAGACGCUAAAUAACAAUGGAUUUACGACUGCUACAAAAAUUGUGAACAUCAAAAUUGCUACAGAAUCAAAAGAAAACAAAUUGGAAAUAGAGCAUGACGAUAUUUCCUCCGAACCUGGAAAACUGUCAUCUGACUACAAUGUAGAAUUAGAGGCCUGCUGUACAGAACUACUCGAGAUCUUCAAAAAUAUGGUAAAAAUACAUCAUAAAAUGGAAAGACUAUGUUCAACAACCAAAGGGAUCUGCAACUUAGAAACAUACCAUCACGGAGAUCAUGCAAAACCAUUCUUCCAUACGUGGCCCACUCCUUACUUCUAUGAAGUUUCAGUCAAGCUGUUGGACAUGUAUUCAAAUGAACUGAAACUGAAAGAAACUAUUGUUCAAGAGAUUGCUCAUACUGCUGACCAAAAUCUCAUGAUGGUUUACUUAUCAUCAUGGUUAUACCAGCCGUACAUCGAGAAUACCAGCACAGUACUACUAGAAAGUAUGUUAUUGGAAACCGGACACAGACCUGCCUAACCCUUUCUACUUGAAAAUUGCCAUGAUGACUACUAUGUUAAUGUUGAGUUUGAAAUUGUAUUUUUGCUUUUGUACUUCCAACUUUAAAAGUGGAUUAUGUUUAUUUUCUGUAACCUUGGUGGGGUCGCAAAAAGAAUAAAAAUAGUUCUAAAGCAA